UCAUUAAGAUACGAGAUCUCUUCCGCGCAGGACGUGUUAACCUCUCUCACAAAAGCUGGGUUCGGCGCCGGGGCAGGGUCCCCGAGCUCCAAAGGGAAGCGUCAGCUUCACCUCUGGAUGCGGUUAUGGCAUCGCGGUGGGAAAAUGGAGAGGCCGGACGGCCCCCCCUCCGCGCUGCGCGGCUCUCCGCUCCCCAUUUCACGUGCUCAGUCCGCUCCAAACUUUCCCUCCGCAGCAUCCUCCACUGCCUCCUCCGUCGAAGAGCCGGGGGCGGCUAGCCCGCCCUGCCCACGGGGUUGCGCAGCUCCCUUGGGGCAGACUCGUCUGUCGUGGGGCCACCAACUUUUAAGGUCGCCCCCCUACACACACCUCCAGCGGCCGGGGCGGGGGGGGUGACCCGUCCGCCACUGUCACCCUGCCCGCGCUGCCUGUUUCUGCCGGGAAUUAUUAUUAUUAUUAUUAUUAAUAACAUUACUUUUCUUAUUAUUGGAAUAUUUUUCCUCCGGAGGGGCGGUGCCGCCCCGGGGGCGCGGCCGGUCCCCGCGUGGUUGCGCGGCGUUGCGCGGGGCUGCGCGGGGCGGCGCGGAGGGGCCGGGGCUGCCGGUAAGUUGGCGGCGCGGUGGCGGCGGCCCCGGGGGAGCGGGCGCCGCGCGCGCUCCCAUUGGCCGCCCCGCCGUCAGCUGCUCCUAUUUUCUGCUGUCGCUUUUGGCGCUCGGCCAUCCAGAAACAAACCACUUCGAUGACUCCUAAUAGUUAUCGCCAGAUGUACUAAUACACAACAAAUCACGGUCCGGGAGAGGGGGAGAGCAAAUGAGUUCCUAUUUCGUGAAUCCCACUUUCCCGGGGAGCCUGCCCGGGGGCCAAGACUCUUUCCUCGGGCAGAUCCCCCUUUACCCGGCGGGCUACGAUGCUCUCAGGCAUUUUCCGUCUUCGUACGGGGCAAGCAGUCUGCAGGACAAGACUUACACCUCACCUUGUUUCUACCAACAGUCCAACACCGUCAUUGCUUGCAAUCGGGCUUCCUAUGAGUACGGAGCCUCUUGUUUUUAUUCGGACAAGGAAAUUAGUAGCGCCUCUCCCUCCGGCAGUGGCAAACAGAGGGGGCCCGGGGACUACCUGCAUUUUUCUCCUGAUCAACAGUACAAAUCCAGCGGAGUGCAAGCCAAAAUUGUAAAUGACGAAGGCACCGACCGGAAGUACACGAGCCCUGUUUACCCCUGGAUGCAGCGGAUGAACUCCUGCGCUGGUACAGUAUAUGGAACUCAUGGGAGACGAGGGAGGCAAACUUACACCAGAUACCAAACGCUAGAGUUAGAGAAAGAAUUUCAUUUUAACAGAUACUUAACCCGAAGACGACGUAUUGAGAUUGCAAACGCUCUCUGCCUUACUGAACGCCAGAUUAAAAUAUGGUUUCAAAACAGGCGGAUGAAAUGGAAAAAGGAAAACAAAUUCAUAAAUUCCACACAGCCCAGCAGCGAAGAAACAGAGGAAAAGUCAGGGGAGUAGAACCACAUUUAAUAAACGCUACCAGGCCUUUCCUUAGCGCUUACUAUUACCAUUACUAUUACUAUUAUUAUUUACCUUGUGUUCCUUCUGCUACUAAAAUCUGAUAGGUUUGUCACAGUCUAUUAAUUCCCAAAAGGCUUGGUUAAAAUACGUACAUUUGCAAUCAUCUGUAACUCUAAUAUAUGUGGAAGUCCUAGCUUUCGAGCUACAGGCAUGUAUGUAUAUAACGACCUUUCCAAAGUGCAGAUGGCAUUGCUUAAAACUAGUAUAGAAAUGGCCCAGAUUUUUAAACAUUUGAGGUGAGCAUCUGUAUGUUGGUGAGUGUCCCUGGUGUGCUUGUGUGAGAAGAGAUAAGCGAGUGAUUUUUUUUUUUUUUUAAUUAGAAUUGUUCAUAUUGCAGAAAUACGAAGGAUUUUAGAAAAUCUUAGGUUUAUAUUUUUGUUAGCUCCUGCUACGUCGGGCUGUGUCGUUAUGCUGUUUUUGGUAGCUUAUGGUCUGCAGGGGAGGAAAAAAAAGUUUUACGCAUGUGUAAGAUAUUUAAAUAGCAAAAAGAAGACAAAUCGUUAAAAAAAAAUCGUUGUGUAAAGCCCUAGGUAUAAACUUGCAGUUAAAGCGAAGAUGAAUUGCAGGGAGAUUCUUUUUAAAAUGCCGCUAAACUGCCUAAUCUGCACUACUAGUACUAAAGGAAAAACUCGGCGUUAAACUUCAGAGGAAGCAAGGGAAGAGGUUUAGAAGCGGGCGAAUUUCUGUGUUUCCCGUUGAGCUUACACUGAGGUUUCGGUGAGCGCAGCUCUACACCGAAGGGGCUUUGAAUUAUGGACUACAUUUCCUAGGGCUUCGUGGGAUUGGGUCGACCUUUCAUCUUCUUUUUCUUUGUUUAUUUAAAAAAAUGUGUCUGACAUAUUAACCCGGGGAUCUUCUACCCUGUUUUUGUGGUAUCUUAAUUCGCACUCUCAUUUAUUAGCACUGGGGGAAAAAAAAAAAUAAAAGAUAGAUAAUCUAAAUAAAAGUAGCUGCCAUAAAA